UCGAUUCGAAAAGCUUCCUUUUUCCCGUAUGCGUGUGUGUGUGUGUGCAGCAUUGCAAAAGAAAAAAAUCUCGUGUCAAUUUUCAUCAACUUCUUUUGAAAAGAAUUUAAAAAAUUGAUUCAAUUUAAAGUGAUUUUUCAUCUAAAAUCAUGGGUAAACCAAAAGGUUUGAAAACAGCACGUAAACAUGUCAACAAUCGUCGUGAACAACGUUGGCAUGAUAAAGAUUAUAAAAAAGCUCAUCUUGGUACAAGAUGGAAAGCUAAUCCAUUUGCAGGUGCUUCGCAUGCCAAAGGUAUUGUAUUGGAAAAAGUUGGUGUCGAAGCUAAACAACCAAAUUCGGCUAUUCGAAAAUGUGUUCGUGUACAAUUGAUUAAAAAUGGUAAAAAAAUUACAGCAUUCGUACCACGUGAUGGUUGUUUGAAUUUUAUCGAAGAAAAUGAUGAAGUUUUAGUUGCCGGUUUUGGCCGGAAAGGUCAUGCUGUUGGUGAUAUACCUGGUGUACGAUUUAAAGUGGUUAAAGUUGCUAAUGUUUCAUUAUUGGCACUUUAUAAAGGCAAAAAAGAACGACCAAGGAGUUAAACAAUGAAUAAUAAUUUUUGUAUAUUUUUCAUUGACAAAAAUUCUAAAUGAAAAUAAAAACGAUUUUUAUUCUGGAAUUCUUAAUAGAAUUCUAAUUCUUCAAA